ACAAAAGUUUUAAUUUAAUUUAAUUAAUUGCUAGAAUCGUAAUUAAUAUGGAAACAAAUGCCACGUGGAAGAUUGUCGUGAGCGCCAAGUGGAAGAACUAUUAGGCAAAAAACCAAAGGCAAAAACGCCCCUAGUAAAAGUGAAACCUAGAACUGUCCAACUCCAAUGGUAUAUCUGUCAACACGGACUCUUCACUAUAAAUACAUAUUCUCAGCUUCUCUCAUCUCCUCACAAUCACACACAAAACAAAAACCAAAGUAAGAUCUAAGUUCAUCACUGUUGAUCAUCAUGUCUACUACUGGACAGAUUAUUCGAUGCAAAGCUGCUGUGGCAUGGGAAGCAGGAAAGCCACUUGUGAUGGAGGAAGUAGAAGUUGCUCCACCGCAGAACCAUGAAGUUCGUAUCAAGAUUCUCUUCACUUCUCUCUGUCACACCGAUGUUUACUUCUGGGAAGCUAAGGGACAAACGCCUUUGUUUCCACGUAUCUUCGGACAUGAAGCUGGAGGGAUUGUGGAGAGUGUUGGAGAAGGAGUGACUGAUCUUCAACCAGGAGAUCACGUCCUCCCAAUCUUCACCGGAGAAUGUGGAGACUGCCGUCACUGCCACUCAGAAGAAUCCAACAUGUGUGACCUUCUCAGGAUCAACACCGAGAGAGGAGGGAUGAUACACGACGGUGAAUCAAGAUUCUCCAUCAACGGCAAACCGAUUCACCAUUUCCUUGGAACAUCAACGUUCAGUGAGUACACUGUGGUUCACUCUGGUCAAGUCGCUAAGAUCAAUCCUGAUGCUCCUCUUGACAAGGUCUGCAUUGUGAGCUGUGGUUUAUCCACUGGGUUGGGAGCUACUUUGAAUGUGGCUAAACCGAAGAAAGGUCAGAGUGUUGCUAUCUUUGGUCUUGGUGCUGUUGGUUUAGCCGCUGCGGAAGGUGCUAGGAUUGCUGGUGCUGGUAGGAUCAUUGGUGUUGAUCUUAACCCCAAGAGAUUUGAGGAAGCUAAGAAGUUUGGUGUGACUGAGUUUGUGAACCCUAAAGAACAUGACAAGCCAGUUCAGCAAGUCAUCGCUGAGAUGACAGAUGGUGGUGUGGACAGGAGUGUGGAGUGUACUGGAAGCAUCCAAGCCAUGAUUCAAGCAUUUGAAUGUGUUCAUGAUGGAUGGGGUGUGGCGGUGCUGGUUGGUGUGCCAAGCAAAGACGAUGCCUUCAAGACUCAUCCAAUGAACUUACUGAACGAGAGGACACUCAAGGGUACUUUCUUUGGCAACUACAAACCCAAAACUGACAUCCCUGGGGUCGUUGAGAAGUACAUGAACAAGGAGUUGGAGCUUGAGAAGUUCAUCACUCACACAGUACCAUUCUCUGAGAUCAACAAGGCCUUUGAUUACAUGUUGAAAGGAGAGAGUAUCCGUUGCAUCAUCACCAUGGGUGCUUAA